AGAAGGUCACAAAAUUACUGAAAUCAUGUGAUAAUAAAUGGUGAAUUUGGAGGACUACUAGGCCUUGAAAUAAAUACAACUCUGUGCAACUAUGAAAGAAGAUAUCGAUAUUAAAGUUAGAUGUAGGUAUUUUUAAGCAAAAGCCUUCAAACAUGAUAAAAAAUGCUACGAACGAGAUUACUAGACGCAAUUCGGAAACUUCCGACAUAUUUUCCAACAUUUGAAGCUCAUUCAUGUACGGAAUGUCGAUCUAUAUAUCAGUGUGAACCUAAUCAGUUGCAGGAUAAGAUAGAAUCAGCUCGAAAUCAGGGAAAACGAUUUUAUAUCGGAUAUUCGUGGACUGUGGAUAGCAGAUAUAUAUGUUACACUAUGCCAGGCAGCAGAUUAUGGAAAAAGCAAUUUGCAAAAAAUGCAACAUAUUAUGCGGACAUUGCUUUAACUGAUUGCGAAAUAACAGAAGCAAGUUUAAUUCAACAAUACAGAAACGAUCCACUCUGCGUCAAUAUACGACGCGGAAAAAAUAAUAACAUUGGAUAUGUUUAUGUUUUAACUGAAAAAUAGCUGCAAUAAAAACAUAAGAGGUUUAAGGUUGUGACUUACA